AAAUCGCCUUAUGCACUCCACUCAUUCAUCGCUGCUCUUCAUGUACGGAAGCAUUGUGAGGAGUGGAAAGCGCCCAGAAAUACCCAACAAUCCGCAUCUCAUCGAUAAAGGACCUUGUAAAUCUUUUGACUGAAAAAUCCAGGGUCGUGAGCCAACCUCGAGACAAUAUGGAAACCAUUACAAGAACCAGGACCAUACUUAUUGCCAUUGUUGUGGCUGCUUCUUACAUUGACUGGGGCAUUAUUUUCUCAGUUCAGCCUGCAUUUUAUCCCAAAGAAGCCGAGGCAAAAGGAGCCACACCUUCACAAUAUGGAUUCGUAUUUGGUAUCGUUCAUUUGGCUGCAUUCGUGUCAGCUCCAAUAUUUGCCAAAUAUGGUAACAGAAUUGGACCCAAACUCCUUUAUAAUGUUGGAGCACUCGUGCAAGGUUGUCAAGGGAUCGCUUUUGGCUUCCUAACGUAUGUUGACAACCUUGGUUGGUUUCUUGGAUUGUCAUAUUUCCUCAGAGCUCUGGAUGGUUUGGCAGACGCUGCCGCAUGGGGUGCCAUUUUAAGUAUACUCAUGAAGAUGUGGCCGAAUAAAGUGGCCUCAAUCAUGUCUUGGACAGAGCUGUGCUUUGGCCUCGGCUACACUGUGGGCCCCGCCAUCGGAUCGUUUCUAUAUUCAGUAGGAGGAUUUCUCCUCCCAUUUGAAAUCACAGGUGGCAUUGGACUCCUCAUUGCCAUCCUAAUAUUUUUCGUGAUACCAAACGUAGACAAUAUCCAAGUAACAGAGUCCAAAGAGAUCAUCCCUGAACCAGUGGAAUCCAAGCCCUCAUUAACUCUGACUGCCGUGGCCAAAAGCCCGAAAUUGUUCAUGCCUUAUGUGGAUAACGUGAUUAAUUUUGUGGGCUACGGCUUCGUUGAAGCAAUGAUUGAGCCGCAUUUGAGUGAAGCGGGUGCAACCCAAAUUCAAGUGGGUUAUUUCUUCCUGAUCAUGGGGGCCCUUUAUAUGGUGACCACUCCAGUCAUUGGUUAUACCUGUGAUCACAUCAAAUCUCCCAUCCUCGUCUCCAUUUUGGGGAACCUCUGCAUGGCUGUGGCUUUCGUGUUUGUGGGUCCACUCCCUUGGAUCCCCAUUGAACCUUCUGUAAACUUGUUAUUUGGAAUGGGGGCUUGGAUUGGGUUCAGUUAUACUUUUUGUAUGGUGUCUACUUUCUCAAGAGCUCAUAAUGAAGCCAUGAAACGAGGUUAUAAUGAUGAUCUGCCUACUUACCUAAUAUUGUCAGGUUUAUGGUCUACGUCAUUUUACUUUGGAAACUUUGCGGGACCAACGGUGGGAGGAUUUUUAGUGGAAACCCUUGACUUUAGAGGAUCAACAAUAGUAUAUCUCGCGUUGUAUGUUAUAAUGGCAAUGGUGGAUGUGGCCGAGUAUGCUUUUAGUGGUGUUCGUCCACCAAAAGACGCAACAAUUAAGGAAUAUGAAGAAAUAUAGUCCCUCCUUAUUGCAUUGCUAAUGAAGAACCUAUGAUGGGUCGAAGCUAGUGAAACAAACCCCUGAAAUACAAAGGGUCGAAACCUGACCCCAACGCCAACUAGGAGCUCUAUAACUGUUAAAAUGUAACCAGCAUAACAUUACAGGAGCAGAAAUGAGGAAUAGUAAACCUAAAUCAGUGAAAGACUAACUAC